AUGUUCUCAAGAGCCAUCCGCCAGUCGAGCCGCCGGGUCGCUGCAAUCUCUGCCUCUGGCAGGAUUGCUUCGACGCGCGCCCCGGCCUUCACCAGUGCCAUCCGAUCCUACGCCUCCGAGGCAAAGGCCACGCCAACCGAGGUCUCGUCCAUUCUGGAGCAGAGGAUUCGCGGUGUACAGGAGGAGAACAGUCUCGCCGAGACUGGACGUGUGCUUUCCGUCGGUGACGGUAUUGCCCGUGUCCAUGGCAUGAACAAUGUCCAGGCUGAGGAGCUUGUCGAGUUCGCCUCUGGUGUCAAGGGCAUGUGCAUGAACUUGGAGGCCGGCCAGGUCGGUGUCGUGCUUUUCGGUUCCGAUCGUCUAGUCAAGGAGGGCGAGACCGUCAAGCGUACCGGAGAGAUUGUCGAUGUACCCGUCGGCGAGGCUCUUCUCGGACGUGUCGUUGACGCUCUCGGUAACCCCAUUGAUGGAAAGGGCCCUCUCAAGACCACCGAGAAGCGCCGUGCGCAGCUCAAGGCCCCCGGUAUCCUGCCCCGUCGCUCCGUCAACGAGCCCGUACAGACUGGUCUCAAGUCGGUCGACGCCAUGGUUCCCAUCGGUCGUGGCCAGCGUGAGCUGAUCAUCGGUGAUCGUCAAACCGGAAAGACUGCCGUCGCUCUCGACGCCAUGCUCAAUCAAGGAAGAUGGAAUUCUGGAAAUGACGAGAAGAAGAAGCUUUACUGCAUCUACGUCGCUGUCGGUCAGAAGCGAUCCACCGUCGCCCAGCUCGUCAAGACCCUGGAGGAGAACGAUGCCAUGAAGUAUACCAUCAUUGUCGCUGCCACUGCCUCUGAGGCCGCCCCUCUCCAGUACAUUGCCCCCUUCACCGGGACAUCAAUGGGAGAAUGGUUCCGUGACAAUGGCAAGCACGCUCUUAUCAUCUACGACGAUCUGACAAAGCAGGCCGUUGCCUACCGUCAAAUGUCUCUGUUGCUCCGUCGCCCCCCUGGCCGUGAGGCCUACCCCGGUGACGUGUUCUACCUGCACUCUCGUCUCCUCGAGCGCUCUGCCAAGAUGAACGACAAGCUCGGCGGCGGCUCUCUUACCGCCCUCCCCAUCAUCGAGACCCAGGGCGGUGACGUCUCCGCUUACAUUCCCACGAAUGUGAUCAGUAUCACCGACGGACAAAUCUUUCUCGAGGCCGAGUUGUUCUACAAGGGUAUCCGCCCGGCCAUUAACGUCGGUCUUUCCGUCUCCCGUGUCGGUUCCGCCGCCCAGGUCAAGGCCAUGAAGCAGGUCGCUGGUUCCCUGAAGCUCUUCUUGGCCCAGUACCGUGAGGUCGCGGCCUUCGCCCAGUUCGGUUCCGACUUGGACGCUGCUACUAAGCAGACCCUGUCCCGUGGUGAGCGUCUUACUGAGCUCCUGAAGCAGAAGCAGUACUCUCCCAUGGCCGUCAACGAGAUGGUUCCUUUGAUCUACGCUGGUGUUAACGGUCUCCUCGAUUCCGUUCCCGUCGCCAAGAUCCUCCAGUGGGAGUCUGACUUCCUUGCCCAUCUCCGAUCGAACGAGCAGGAUCUCCUGAGCACGAUUGAGCGGGAAGGUGCGCUCAGCAAAGACUUGGAGUCCAAGCUGAAGGAGGUUGCUACAAGCUUCACCAAGAGCUUCUCGUAA